AUGUUUAAUUAUUUCAGCUGCUGUGAGAACAGACUAUAAAUGAUCCGCUACAAGCAGCAUCCUCACAUGAUAAAACCGACUUGCCUGGACUCCUUUUUUCUGUUUACGGACGUGACGUAAUGACGCAAAGACGAACUGUGGCAUGCUCGAAUUUCCCGCGGAAAUCCACCAGGUCGCUCUUAUUUUAAAAAAUUAUUACAAGCUUACCGGUGUGGAUCGAUAAGGAGGAAGAUAAGGAGAUAGUUUUGAACACUGGCUGGUUAUGUACUGGCUCAAAAAUUGUUGCUGCUAAAUGGUUUAUUAAUCAUGUACUUUAUAUUUCACAGUUUUAGUAGUGAAUGUUAUUUUUACUAAUCCUCUUCAUACAUGUAAACUGAAGCUGUACAUUAUUCACACCCUGCCAUAAAUAUAAAAUUCAUUAAAUACAUUUUACCAAAUGUUUCAUCAAACAUCAUUCAGAGAGGCAGAGGAACUACCACCCUCACAAACACACACACGCGCCAUCACUGGACUUUUGUAAUACCAGGUCAGCAUUUUUCUGACACAUACGAAGGCUGACAGACCCUCCCUGUAGGGUGGGGUGAGAAAGAUGAAUAAAAAAUUAUAAUAAAAGGGGGUAUGAAAAGAAAUCCAUCAGUACUGAAGCUCUACCUGUAGACCUCUCUCACCUCCCAUCAUGGAGUGGAGAACAUCUACAUACUGCAUACUGCUUCUGGCGCUUAUCGGCAUUCAGGUGGAUUCAAAGAACGUCUCUCCCAGUAACCAUGUCAACAACAUCUGCAGCAUGUGGGGAAACUUCCACUUCAAGACAUUCGAUGGGGACGUUUAUCAGUUCCCAGGCAUGUGCGAGUAUAACCUGGUGUCUGACUGCCAAAGCCUCGUUCGUGAGUUCUUGGUUCAUGUGAAGAGAACUGAACACACCAAUGGCCCAAAGAUCAGCAGGGUGUCAGUUAGUAUCAAUGACAUUGCCGUUGAGUUGACCGAGAACCAGGUUGUGAUCAAUGGACAAAACGUAACACUGCCUGUGCAUGUCUCAGGGAUCCUUGUGGAAGAAAACACAAUUUACACUAAGCUCUAUUCCAAAAUGGGCAUCACUGUCAUGUGGAACAAAGAGGAUGCAGUUAUGGUGGAACUGGACUCCAAAUAUUCCAAUCGCACUUGUGGACUGUGUGGUGAUUUUAAUGGAGUUCCAGUUUAUAGUGAGUUCAUUGAAUCCGGACAGAAGGUUGGCUAUACUGAGUUUGGAAAUAAGCACAGAGUUCCCAACCCAACACAUGACUGCGAAGAUCCUUUUGAAAACAUCGAUGAGCAAAAUGUGGUGGACAAAUGUGAAAAAUAUUGGGCAGAUUGUGCAGACCUUUUGGAGGAUGAAAAGUGGUCUUCUUGUAACUGGGUUUUGAACACCAAGCCAUAUAUCAAGGCCUGUACAAAUGAUAUCUGUUCGCAUGAACCUGAAGACGAAGACACCACCGCACUCUGUACGACUUUGUCUGAAUAUUCACGUCAGUGUUCGCACGCUGGGGGAACUCCACCGACCUGGAGAACAGCAAAAUUCUGUGCUGUCACAUGCCCCUACAAUAUGGUACAUUCUGAAAGCGGCUCCCCCUGUAUGGACACGUGCUUACACAGAAACACAAACACACUGUGUGAGGAACACAAGAUCGAUGGCUGCUUCUGCCCACCAGGAACUGUGUUUGAUGACAUCUCAAACACGGGCUGCAUCCCAGCAGAAAAGUGUCAGUGCAAGCAUGACCGUGUCUACAACACAGGAGAGGUUCUUCGCAAAGAUGAGGAAGAAUGUAUAUGUGAGGAGGGAAAGUGGAUCUGUGAGAGUAUUCCUGGCCCUGGCCUGUGCGCAGUAGAGGAAGGAUCUCACUUCACCACUUACGAUGGGAAAGAAUUCACAUUCCAUGGAGACUGCAACUAUGAGCUCUCAAAAGACUGUGAUGAGUCCAAGUUCAUCAUAUUGGGUCAGAUUGUUCCUUGUUUUACUCAUGAAACGGACACCUGUUUGAAAUCUGUUGUGGUGCUGUUUGACAACGACAAGAAAAAUCCUCUGAUUAUUAAAGCUGAUGGGACGGUACAACACAAUGCAGAAGUUUCACUUCCUUACAUGACAGCUGACUUCACAGUGUUCAUGCCAUCAUCGUUUUACAUCAUGCUUCAGACCUCCUUUGGGCUGCAGGUGCAGGUACAGCUGGUGCCUCUUAUGCAGGUGUACAUCACUGUGGACCAAAGAUUCCAGGGCAAGACUUGUGGUCUCUGUGGAAAUUUUAAUAAAGUGCUGUCUGAUGACCUGAAGACUCCUCAGGGAGUGGUGGAGGGUACAGCGGCUUCCUUCGCUAAUGCCUGGAAGGCCCUUUCCAACUGUCCCGACCACACUGAGAGGAUGGAUGACCCCUGUUCCUACAGCAGUGACGUCGGUGAGAGACUUUUUGCAUCCAAAAUCAGUAUGAAGUCAGAUUGCACAGUUUUCAAUUUAAUGUUUGUAAUGUUUUAUACAUGUAUGGAAGGGAUUGAAGGUGCACAGGAGCACCACUGUGAGCAGCCUCUUCAGAUGGUCCUGGACAGUGAGGAAGAGUUCACUUUUUCCUCGGAAGAAGAACACGACUCUGACGAUGAACGUCUGCAUUUUGAAGAGCGACUUGAUCCAGCUGAAGAUACAGUUUCUGAUGAAAAUGUGGAUCCAUCACUCUCGCAUUCACCUGCAAUUCUCACUAAGAGGGCACCCAGCAACACAGGCGAUAAUGAGAAAGAAAAUGUGGAUCCAUCACUCUCACAUUCACCUGCAAUUCCCACUAAGAGGGCACCCAGCAACACAGGCGAUAAUGAGAAAGAAGCACUUGCCGAGCACUGGUGUUCCAAGAUGAAGGACAAGGAGAGCCUCUUUGCUAAAUGUCACAGCACUGUCAAUCCAGACAGCUACUACAAAAGAUGCAAAUACUCCAGCUGUACCUGUGAGAAGAGCGAGGACUGUCUGUGUACGGUGUUCUCCUCAUACGCCCGAGCCUGUGCGGCUAAAGGAAUAUUCCUCCAAGGCUGGAGAGAUAUUGUGUGUGAGAAGUAUACAGAGAACUGCCCGGCCUCACAGAACUACUCCUAUCAGCUGCAGAGCUGCCAGCGUACCUGUCUUUCUCUCGCCUCUGAGCGCCAAAGCUGUAGCGUUGACUUUGUGCCCGUUGAUGGAUGCGUAUGUCCAGAAGGACUCUACCAUGAUGAGAAUGAACUGUGUGUACCUAUGGAAAACUGUCCAUGUUACCACAACGGAGUGAAAAUCCAUCCCGGCAAGUCUGUCACCAUUAGGGAUGAACACUGUGAUUGCAGAAAUGGAAAGAUCCACUGUCGUUCCAGGAAAACCCAAAUUCUGGGAUGUUCUUCUCCAAAGGUUUUCUUCAACUGCAGUACAGCAGGCCCAGAUGAACAUGGAUUGGAGUGUGCACAGACUUGUAUGCAACAGGAAGUUGACUGUUUCUCGGUGGACUGUCAGUCUGGCUGCCAGUGUCCUUUAGGUCUAUUGGAUGAUGGCAGAGGACACUGCGUUAAACCAGAUAACUGCCCAUGUAAACAUGAUAGACAGUUUUAUGCACCAGGAUCUGAGAUAACCAUAGAUUGCAAUAAAUGCACUUGCCGACGGGGAAAAUGGAAAUGUACACAUUAUAAGUGUCCAGGCAUAUGCACCAUAUAUGGCAGUGGACAUUAUAAAACUUUUGAUCAGCAAAGAUUUGGCUUCAGGGGAGACUGCAGUUAUAUUGCUGCUCAGAAUAAUUGUGGAAAUAAAACUGGCAAUUUUCACGUGAUCACCGAGAAUAUGCCUUGUGGAACAACAGGAACUACAUGUUCAAAGGCUGUAGGGAUACUUUUGGGGAGGACUUGGCUGCUGCUUUCUGAUGGGACUGUAAAAGCCAUUGAUACUGGAAGUGGUCCAAAGAUCAAGUACAAUGAGAGAAACAUCGGGAUGUACCUUGUCAUUGAUGCUGACAUCGGACUGACAAUUUUUUGGGACCGUAAAACCACCGUCCGCAUCAUUCUGCAACCUCAACACAUGGGAGACAUUUGUGGCUUGUGUGGAAAUUUCAAUGGAAAUGGAAAAGAUGACUUCACGACUCAGGGAAAUUUGCCAACUAUAAAUGUAUUGGAGUUUGUGGAUAGCUGGAAAGUGUUAAGCACCUGCCCUGAUGCAAAACCAGACUUUAACCCGUGCCUUGAGACCCCCAAUCGAGAGACAUGGGCAAAAAUACAAUGUAGCAUCAUAAAAGAAGAAACAUUCAAAGACUGCCAUAACAAGGUGGAUCCAAACCCAUAUUAUGAAAACUGUGUGAGGGACACAUGCUCAUGUGACACAGGUGGAGAUUGUGAGUGCUUCUGUGCAGCUGUGGCAGCUUAUGCUCAAGCCUGCAAUGACGCGGGUGUUUGUGUCGAUUGGAGAACACCUGAGAUCUGCCCUGUGUACUGUGACUACUACAAUGAACAUGGAGAAUGCACAUGGCACUACAGUCCUUGUCAUACACCUUGCUACAAAACCUGUCUCAACCCUGAUGGUAUCUGCAAUACCACUUUACCCAACCUGGAAGGUGAGCACACACUGUUUUGCAUUUUUGAAGUCUGAGUGUUCCUGGACUCCAUCCCCCCACAUUCCUCUACAUUUCCAGUUAAGAAUGUUUUUUUUUUUUUUUUUUUUUGAUGAUGAUGAUUAUUUUUCAAACUUUUUCACAGUAAACUUAAUUAUACCAAUCCUGUUGGCCUACUCUUUCAUUCUCUGGGAGAAUAUUGUAAAACACUUGAAAAAUGUGAUUUCAUAUACAACAGUAAUGACCAAGGAGAACAAAAUUUCUUUUUUUAAAAACACAUUCUACUUGCAAGACAACUCCGCAAUCUACAGGGAAAGAAAAUAUUUGUACAUUAAGCUUUUUUUUUCUGUAUAGCAGCCCAUUACAGGCAAUGUUAAAGGAUUAGUUCAUUUACUCACCCUCUAGCCAUCAUAGGUGUAUAUGCUUUUCUUCUUUCAGACAAAUACAAUCUGAGUUAUAUUAAUAAUCACCCUGAUGCUCCAAAGCUUUAUAAUCACAGUGCAUGAAAACCACCUGUGUGAAGCUCUAAAAAAGUGCAACCAUCCAUCAUAAAUGUACUCCACAUAGCUCUGGGGGUUAUUGGGGGUCUGAAGCGAAGUAAUGCAUUUGUGUAAGGAAAAAUAUCCAUAUUUAACAUGUUAUAAAGUAAAAUAACUAGCUUCCGCCAGACCACCUUCCAUAUUCAACUUCCGUAUUCUUCGU